UCAUUUUGUUUCGGUCUUCUCUCUCUAAAACACCUCCACACACACUCUCUCUCUAAAACAACGAGGUGAAGACAACGACGAAUUCUUCAAAUUCCUCAUAUACAUAUACGUGUGUACGCGGAAUAGGGUCUUUUCGUCUUCAACUCUCAUCGAAUUUAUUCGCAAUAUAAAUUCAACAAAUUUCCAAUUUCUCUCUCUCUCCUUGAUUGAUACAUGUGCCAGUAGGUGAUACAUGUGAACAGAUUUUAAUAGUCAAUCCAGGUCUGGUUUGGUUUAAUUCACUUCAAUCGGAGGAGAAAAAAUGCCGGCUUGGUGGGGGAAGAAGGGGCGGAGCAAGGAUUCGGUGAAGAGUUCAUCGGUGAAGAAUGAGAAGAAGAGAGGGAAGGAGAUUGACAGCCAUAGAGUCAACAGCUUGGACGAAGGUCUACUGCAGCCGACGCCGAGAAUCAGCAGAGAUUUUUCCGCCGGCGUUAGAGAAUUGAGCGGCCGAGAUUCAUCUGGCUUCUCCGGCUUCGAUUCGGCGUCUUCGUUGGAUAAAGGCCAGCCGCAGCCGUUGCCUAGGCCGUUGGGGGCAUCGAAUGAUCAUAGUCAUGGCGUCGGGUCUGGAUCUGGAUCGGGUUCGGUUUCGAGCGUCAGUUCUUCUGGGUCGUCCGAUGAUCACGCUCAAGUUGCGGCUGAUCAGCCUGCUUUUAGAGGACAUGGCGAGAACAGAUUGAGUCCUUUGAUGAGAAGCCCAGCCCGAGCUUCCAGGUGCAGUACAACACCCGUAUCACCCCUUCAUGCGCGUCUUGGUGGAAUGAGUUUGGACUCUCCGGGUGGGAAGCUGGAAGAAGGGAAGAGCGAGCUUCAUAAACUUCCCCUUCCACCUGGUUCUCCAGCUAGCCCUUCUGCGUUACCAACCCCAAGAAGUCCUGGUACAAAUGAAAGCUCGAGUUAUAAUGCUUCUAAAUGGAGAAAAGGAAAGCUUCUAGGAAGAGGCACUUUUGGUCAUGUUUACCUUGGCUUUAACAGUGAGAAUGGGCAAAUGUGUGCCAUAAAAGAAGUUAGACUUGUUUCAGAUGAUCAGUCAUCAAAAGAAAGUCUCAAGCAACUGAAUCAGGAAAUAAGCUUGCUAAGUCAGCUUUCACAUCCAAAUAUUGUUCAAUACUAUGGAAGUGAUCUGAGUGAAGAAAGGCUAUCAGUUUAUUUGGAGUAUGUUUCUGGAGGUUCCAUCCACAAAUUACUGCAAGAAUAUGGUGCGUUUGCCGAACCUGUUAUCCAAAAUUACACCCGUCAGAUCCUCUCUGGUCUGGCCUACUUGCACGGGCGCAAUACUGUACACAGAGAUAUCAAGGGAGCAAAUAUUUUGGUAGACCCAAAUGGUGAAAUUAAACUUGCUGAUUUUGGAAUGGCAAAACAUAUAGCUAACUGUUCAUCAAUGCUCUCCUUCAAAGGAAGUCCUUAUUGGAUGGCACCUGAGGUGGUUAUGAAUACAAAUGGAUACAGCCUUCCAGUAGAUAUCUGGAGCUUAGGAUGCACAGUUCUUGAAAUGGCUACUUCUAAACCGCCCUGGAGCCAGUAUGAAGGGGUUGCUGCUAUAUUUAAAAUUGGAAACAGCAAAGAUGCUCCAGAAAUUCCAGAGUACCUAUCUGCUGAUGCAAAAGGUUUCAUAAGGCUAUGCUUGCAGCGGGAGCCAUCUGCCAGGCCAACUGCAUCCCAGUUACUCACUCACCCUUUUGUUAGAAAUCAAACAACAGCACGGGCUAAUGUCAAUAUAACAAGAGAGGCUUUUCCUCGGUCUUUUGAUGGAAGCCGCACACCGACUGCUCAGGAAAUGCAGUCCAGCAGACCGAAGAACAGCUCUUUCGAUAGAGAUGAUGGUCCGAGGUUAAAUAUACCAAGGACCUUAUUAAGCCCUAGGGAUGACACGAGAAUGAUUACAUCACUGCCUGUAUCUCCCUCCUCAAGCCCAUUACGACGUGAUGUAGGGGCGUACAACAGCUUUUUCCUUUCUCCACAGCACCCCUCUUAUCCUUAUGUUGGGCAGAGCAGUCAAAAUUAUAGUGAUCACUCGGUAUUUCCGUUAAGGCCCAUCUCAAGAACAUCGCUCGAAAUCCCACAAUUUAGAGCUCAAGCGCCAUUUAGAUCUCCAACGAGGAACAUACUAUAGUAGUCCAGAGAUGUGAUGAAAAAUCCCAACCCACACAAUGCUCGUAGAGCUGUACUCGUGUGAUAAUGAGCUAAAAUACGAGGUGUGGAGCAGGCGAGUUGAGUUGCCUGCUUCCUCGAAACAGUACAAUGGCCAAAGGUAGCUCUAGCUGAGCGAGCUUUAAGUAAUCAUGGUAUGAAACUCAAUUUGACAGUUCCGUUGAACGUAAUCUAUAUGAUGGCCAUGUAAAUAGAUAGAGAAAGAGAGAGACCAUAGAGCUUCUGUAUGCUAUCAGAACACUGAUAACUGAUAAAGACUGUUGGUUGGGAAUUUCAAAUGAAUCUUUCUAGUCGCA